AUGCAGAAAAGUGAAAUAUUAGGGAUGGAGAAAAAGAUACAGCCAGAGGACCUUGCAAGCUUUAGGGUGCAGAAUGUACCACCUGUGGCAUACUACAUUCCAGACUUUAUAACAGAGGAAGAAGAAACCUACCUGCUGUCCAAGGUGUAUGCAGCUCCCAAGCCCAAGUGGACACAACUAUCCAACCGGCGCUUACAGAACUGGGGUGGGCUACCUCAUCCAAAGUGGCUGCAGAUGUGUGCAGACCGUAUCCAGGUCUUGGGGGUGUUCGGGGACAACAAGCCCAACCAUGUGCUGGUGAACGAGUACCAACAGGGACAGGGCAUCAUGCCCCACGAGGACGGUCCUCUGUUCUAUCCCACCGUCACCACGGUCAACCUGGGGUCCCACACGCUGCUCGACUUCUACAAACCCCUACCCCCUGGGGGAGAAGGGGAUGCUGGGAGCCAGGAGCAGGCAUCAGUGCCCUCUAGUGAGGAUCAGCGGUACUGCAUGUCGCUCCUGCUGCAGCCCCGCAGCCUCCUGGUCCUGCAGGAGGAUCUGUACCACCGUUUUCUCCACGGUAUCGCCGAGCGAGCGACAGACGACGUCACCGACACGGUCGCGAACUUGACCUCCUGCGGCGGCGUGGCCGUCGGUGACACGCUAACGCGAGACACGCGAGUGUCGCUGACCAUCAGGCACGUACCAAAGACUCUCAAAGUGCAGCUGAGGCUGGGCAGGAGAUGACACCAAAUCACAGCUCUUAAAACCCUUGUCCUGCUGAGCGCAACAAUUGUCGUUCUGCACAUACAGUACCGUCUAUAUAGCACCCUGUAUAGGUACGAUUUGGGG